CGCAGCCGUCAUCUUGACAGGCUUGAGCAACUGUUUGCCGGACAACCCGUGCCGCAGGUUUGUGCCGCACUCUCUGCAACUGAGGAUCCUGCCUCCUCCUCCAGCGGUUCUACUCUGCCUCGUGAAUUCUCCAAACGUUUCGCUGAUCUCGUUGCAUCAGCCAAGGAAACGCAACUUGCACUCAACAAGCUGGAACGCGAGCGUUCCUCCUUUCAUGAAAAGCAGGACAUGGCCAGACAAAUGGAGGAGCGUCUUCUCGCAGCCUGUGGCAGCGUGGACUUGGAACGUCACAUUGACAAGUUGCUCCUGAAGAAGAAGCAGUUGUCUAGGUACAGCACACUGCUGACGGUUUGUCGAAACAUUUUUCUGCAUUAG